AUGGCGGUGCCUUUUGUGCAGGACUGGGAUCUUGUUCAGACACUUGGAGAAGGCGCUUAUGGAGAAGUGAGGCUGCUGGUGAACAGACAGACACAGGAGGCAGUCGCAGUAAAAGUGAUCGACACCUUGCAAGCCAAAGAGUGUGCGGAAAAUGUCAGGAAGGAAAUCUGCGUGCACAAGGUGCUCAACCACCACAACAUUGUGCGAUUCUUCGGCUGUCGGACAGAAGGAACUACAGUCUACCUCUUUUUGGAGUACUGCACUGGAGGCGAGCUGUUUGAUCGCAUUGAGCCGGAUGUCGGAAUGGCAGAGAAAGAUGCUCACAAAUUUUUCCAGCAACUUGUCGCCGCUGUGGAAUACCUCCACAAAAUCGGCAUCACUCACAGAGACAUAAAGCCAGAGAACAUUUUGCUGGAUGACAAAGACAACCUCAAGUUGAGCGAUUUUGGUCUGGCAACCAUGUUUCGCUUCAAAGGACGGGAGCGGCCGUUGUCUCGUGUCUGCGGAACUCUCCCUUACGUCGCACCGGAGCUGUUGAGCCAGGCCGAGUACCAAGCUCAGCCCGCAGAUAUCUGGGCUUGCGGUAUUGUGCUGACCGCAAUGCUAGCUGGAGAAUUGCCAUGGGACCAGCCGUCGGAAAUCUGUCAGGAAUUUUCUGAUUGGCUAAAGAAGAAAACCUACUUGCCGCCCUGGAAGAAAAUACAGCCGAUGCCUCUUUGUUUGUUGUCCAAGUUACUUUUGGCCAAACCAGAAGCACGCAUUACCAUUGAGGACAUUCAGAAAGACCGCUGGUUCAUUGAAGGUGUAAAGAUGUCCGUAGCUACUUCAAACUCAAGUAGCAACAAAGACCAACGAUCAAGUGUUGGAGUUAUAUCUCGAGUCGGAAGUGAUGAGCAGAUGCAGUUCUCCAGCUCCCAGCCCGACCCAGCCGCAGAAGGCUGGGAAGCCAUGCUGUUCAUUGCCCAAUCGGAGGGUCAGGUCAGCUUCUCUCAGCCGACCAAACCCGAGCACAUGCUGCUGGGUAGUCAGCUGCUGGCGACGCCGGGAGCAAGUCAGACACCGUGGCAAAGAUUAGUUCGCAGAAUGACGCGUUUCUUCACAUCGGUGAGCGCUGACACCUCGUUGACUUCACUGAAGGGCGCCUGUGACAACAUGGCACUCAGCUACAAACUCACUUGCAACAAUCAGGUGACUGUGAGUACCUCGGACAAGCGCAACAACAAGCUGAUUUUCAAAGUCCACUUGCUGGAAAUGAAUAAAACAGUGCUGUUAGACUUCAGGCUAUCUAAGGGUGACGGUCUGGAAUUCAAGCGUCUCUUCUUGAAGAUAAAACAGAAGUUGGGUGACAUCAUCUGCACGCAGAAGAUUGCAUUUCCGACCGCAUGA